UGCAUUGCCAAAGAUUUUACUGUCAUUUUCCCUAUAGUUCCACUAGCGACAAACUGUAACUAGAACAAAGUUUCACAUCUGUAAAACUAAACCACCACUGAGAAGACUUUUUUCCGCAAGUACUUCGUAAAGUUUUAAGCAUGUGGUUUUUCUAUAUGUUUGAUAUUCGAUCCAAUGGGCAUUAUAGAAUCUCUACAUUUGUUAUCAUUGUCUGUCUUACAGAAUGCUUCAAGUUUACGUGUGGAUCGUUAACUUUUAAUGACUUGCUACCAGAUGGUGUCAAAGCAUACGACAAAAUGAGGCCUCCAAAAAAAGAUGGUAAACCAACCAAAGUGUUUUUCCAUGUAACUGUCAUGGGGCUCGAUUCAAUUAAUGAAGGUUCAAUGACGUAUGCUGCGGACAUUUUCUUUGCUCAGACAUGGAAGGACCACAGACUUAAACUCCCGGAGAAUAUGACUAUGGACUACAGGUUGCUGGAAGUCGAGUGGCUGAAGUACAUGUGGAGACCAGAUUCAUUUUUCAAAAACGCAAAACAAGUUACUUUUCAAACUAUGACCAUUCCUAACCAUUACAUGUGGCUAUGGAAAGACAAAACUAUACUUUAUAUGGUCAAGUUAACAUUAACGCUUUCCUGCUCCAUGAACUUUGCUUCUUAUCCUCACGAUACCCAAAUGUGUUCCUUACAAAUGGAAAGCCUUUCUUAUACAACUGACGAUUUGGUGUUCGAUUGGGAACAAAAAGUUCCUUUAGCUGUUGACGAAAAUAUUGAAUUGCCACAAUUAGAUUUGAUUAAAACCGAGAGAGCUGACUGUACACAGGUGUAUUCAACAGGAAAUUUCACCUGUCUCGAAGUCAUUUUCACGUUGAAACGGAGAUUAGGAUAUUACUUGUUCCAUACCUAUGUACCCACAUGUCUUAUUGUCAUUAUGUCCUGGAUCUCAUUUUGGAUCAAACCGGAAGCUGUGCCUGCAAGAGUGACCCUUGGAGUGACCAGUCUACUCACACUAUCCACCCAACACGCUAAAAGCCAGGCUUCUUUGCCACCCGUAUCCUACACUAAGGCUGUUGACUUAUUCAUGGGCGGUUGCACCGUGUUUGUGUUCCUUUCUCUGAUGGAAUACGCCGUCGUCAACGUAUUUCUAGAAGAAUCAGACAAAUCAGACAAACGAGGAGAGCGGGACAACGUCAGAAUAUUUAAUCUCCAGCCCAGACUACCAGGGCCAACUCUAGCCCAGAGAAGGCGUCAACGAGCUCUAAUGAUUGAUAGAGUUUCACGUUAUAUAUUUCCUUCUACAUUCGUUUUGCUAAACAUCACAUACUGGGUUUAUUAUGUAGUUUUCUAACAUCCUCUUUACGAAGCUCUUUUAUUUUUAUUUUUUUGUCCAAUAAUAACUGAUUAUAUUUCCCUAGAAUUAGGAUUUUAGGUUGCGGGUUUAAAAAAGUAUAGUUUUGUGUGGAAAGAAUCGAGGAAGUGAUUGGUUAUAGAGUUAGAAUUAGUUAUUUCACCAACGAAUCUGCUUUCACUUUAAAAAAAAAAAACCUAAAUCAAAUUUGUUCCUAGUGGAUACUCAAUAAAACAUUGUAGUAAAGGCACGUUACUGAAAUAUUUU